UUUACACCAUUUAUGUGCUGCGCAUCAUACAAAAGGUAGAAAAAAAAGUCCACCUCUCUUUAGCUAUAUACAAUCAUGAACACUUACAUGAGCAAGUUCGAGGCAAAUUAUACGGCACUUACUCCAAUCACAUUCUUGAAAAGAGCUGCUAUGUCUUACGCUGACCGAACAUCCAUCAUAUACGGCGAAGCUCGGUUUACCUGGCAGGAGACUUACGAUCGCUGUCGACGCCUCGCUUCGUCUCUCCAAUCCCUUGGCAUUGCCAAAAAUGAAGUGGUAUCAGUAUUGGCCCCAAAUAUACCAGCUUUGUACGAGAUGCACUUUGCAGUUCCAAUGGCAGGAGGUGUUCUGAACACAAUCAAUACUAUGCUUGAUGCCAAUGGUGUGAAGUCAAUACUUGAUCAUUCAGAAGCUAAGAUCCUGUUUGUGGACUACGAGUACAUCCCUUUGGCUUAUGAGGCGCUUCGUCUGUUAAACGUGGAUCCAAAACGUUCAACAACAAAACUGUCAGUUGUUAUUAUUGGUGAUUCCACAAACAAAAAUGGAAAACUGGAAAGCUCAAAAAAGCAUUUGGAAUAUGAAGAAUUGGUUGUUAAGGGAAAUGUAGAUUUCAUGGCAGUGAAGAUUGAGGAUGAGUGGGAUCCUAUAACUCUUAGUUACACAUCCGGUACGACAUCUUCUCCAAAAGGAGUGGUAUAUAGCCAUCGAGGUGCUUUCCUUGGCACCUUAAGCCUAAUAUUAGGUUGGGAGAUGGGAACACAACCAGUUUACUUGUGGUCUUUACCGAUGUUUCAUUGUAAUGGAUGGACCUUCACAUGGGGGAUUGCUGCUCGAGGCGGGACUAAUGUUUGCAUACGCAACACAACUGCAUCUAUGAUAUACAAAAGCAUUGCACUACAUGGGGUCACCCAUAUGUGUUGUGCACCGGUUGUGUUAAACAUUAUUCUGGAGGAGCGCAAACAGCUGACAACCCAAGUUCAAGUUCAAGUCCUGGUUGGUGGAUCCCCACCACCGGAGAAACUGCUAAUAAAGAUGGAGGAGCUUGGGUUUUAUAUAGUACACGCUUAUGGACUUACGGAAGCGACAGGAGCUGCACUAGUGUGUGAGUGGCAAAAGAGGUGGGACAAACAUUCACAUGAGGAACGAGCACGGUUAAAGGCACGUCAAGGGAUAAGCGUACUAAACAUAGAGGAUUUAGAUGUAAAGGACACUGUAACAAUGCAGAGUGUGCCUAAGGAUGGGAAAACUACGGGGGAGAUAGUAAUACGUGGUAGUGGAAUAAUGAAGGGAUAUUUCAAGAAUGAGAAAGCAACUUCUGAGGCAUUUGCAAGUGGUUGGUUCCAUACGGGAGAUGUAGGUGUCAUCCACCCUGAUGGAUAUAUACAAGUUAAAGAUAGGUUAAAGGAUGUGAUUAUAUCAGGUGGCGAAAAUAUUAGCAGUGUACAGGUAGAAGAGGUCAUUUAUCAACAUCCAGAGGUGUUACAGGUCGCCGUUGUAGCUAUGCCUCAUCCACGAUGGGGUGAAACCCCUUGUGCUUUUCUGGUCGUUAAAACUGCAAAACAUCAUACUGUCACCGAAAAUGAUAUCAUCACGUAUUGUAGAAAUAAUCUUCCCCAUUAUAUGGUGCCUAAGAAGGUUUGUUUUUUAAUGGAUCUCCCUAAAACUUCUACGGGAAAAGUUCAGAAAGGAACAUUACGAGCAAUGGCAAAGAAUAUUCAACUGCCAGAUUUCAACAAUCAUCUUCAAAUGCCUCCAAAAUUUACAUCCUCGCGGCUAUAAAAAGACUAUGAUGUUCGUGGGUUAAGCUUCUUUCAUUUGUGCAUCAAUAUGUUAUUUUUCUUUUUUUUCUUUUUUUUUUUUUCAUUUUAUUGGUUCAAACUCUUAAUUGCUUUUGUCAAUUUAUGGAAAAAUUAAAUUAUAUAUUGUGUGUUUUGUAAAGAAUUAAUGUUAUAAUAUGAAAAUAAUACUUCCUCCGUU